AUGGUCAAAUCAAAGAAGCCGCAAGCCGGGGCUACGGCCCCACAACCAGACUUUCAUCUGCUCGACGAUGCCGACGCGCCAUACGAACAAGACAUUUACCGAAACCCGGGCACGACGCGGCCAUGGCUGUCCUACAUCCGAUUCAAGCAGCAACACGGCUCCGUCCAGGAGCAGGCAUACGUGAUGGAGAGGGCAUGCGCACAGCUUCCACGAUCCUACAAGCUGUGGAAGCAAUACCUGAUAUUCCGGACGAAACACGUGUUGCCGCUGAACGCGGCGGUAUAUGCGGCAGAAUACCGCAAGGUGAACGCGCUCUUUGAGCGGGCGCUAAUCUUGCUGAACAAGAUGCCGCGGAUAUGGGAGCUGUACCUCAAGUUUCUGAUGCACCAGCCGGUAGUGACGUUCACGCGGCGGACGUUUGACCGGGCGCUGCGAGCACUGCCGAUCACGCAGCACAACCGGAUAUGGGCGCUGUACCGGCCGUUUGCGAACUCGGCGGGCGGCGAGACGGCGGUGCGGAUCUGGCGGCGAUACAUGCAGGUGCACCCGGAAGACGCGGAAGACUUUAUCGAGCUGCUGGGCACGGUAGGACUGCACACGGAAGUGGUGCGGACAUACAUGCGGGUGCUCAACGACGCACGCUUCCGCAGCAAGAAGGCCAAGGGCCACUACGAGCUCUGGAGCGACAUGGUGGACUGGCUGGUGGAACAUGCCAACGAGGUGCAGACAGGCAACGAGACGGGCAUCGACGUGGAGCGGAUCCUGCGCAGCGGCAUUGCGCGGUACUCGGACCAACGCGGCAAGCUGUGGGCCGGACUGGCGGCGUACUGGGUGCGACGGGGCAGCUUCGAGCGGGCGCGGGACGUAUUCGAGGAGGCGAUCACGACGGUGAUGACAGUGCGGGACUUCACGUUGGUGUUUGACUCGUACGUGGAAUUUGAGGAGUCGGUGAUCGGGGCGCUGAUGGAGCAAGCAGCCGAGCGGGCGCUGGCCGACGAGACGGCCGACUUUGACCUAGACAUCCGGAUGCUACGGUUCGAGCACCUGAUGGACCGGCGGCCGUUCCUGCUCAACGACGUGCUGCUGCGACAGAACCCGCACAGCGUGGGCGAGUGGGAGAAGCGAGUGGCGCUGUGGGGCGACAACAAGGCGGAGGUGGUGGCCACAUACACGCGGGCACUGGCGACGAUCGAGCCGAAGAAGGCGACCGGAGCACUGCACCAGCUGUGGGCCGGCUACGCGCGCUUCUACGAGCAAGGCGGCGACGUGAGCAGCGCGCGGGUGAUCCUGGAGAAGGCGGUCAAGGUGCCAUUCCGGUCGGUGGCCGAGCUGGCGGACAUGUGGAUCGAAUGGGCCGAGAUGGAACUACGCGGCGAACACUUUGACGAGGCAGUGCGGGUGAUGGCUAAGGCGGUGCAGGCGCCGAAGCGAUCGGCGGUGGACUACUUUGACGAGACGCUGGCACCGCAGCAGCGAGUGCACAAGAGCUGGAAGCUGUGGAGCUUCUACGUGGACCUGGUCGAGAGCGUUGGCUCGCUCGAGGAAACGCGACGGGUGUACGAGCGCAUCUUUGAGCUGCGCAUCGCCACGCCGCAGACGGUCGUCAACUACGCGAACCUGCUGGAGGAGCAGGCCUACUUUGAGGAUGCCUUCAAGGUGUACGAGCGCGGACUCGACCUGUUCAGCUACCCGGUCGCCUUUGAGCUGUGGAACCUGUACCUGACCAAGGCGGUGGACCGCAAGAUCGGCAUCGAGCGGCUGCGCGACCUGUUUGAGCAGGCCAUCGAGGGCUGUCCGCCGCGCUUUGCCAAGGUGAUCUUCCUGAUGUACGGCAACCUGGAGGAGGAGCGUGGACUGGCACGCCAUGCGAUGCGCAUCUACGAGCGAGCCACGCGUGCAGUCGCGGACGAGGACCGUGCCGACAUGUUUCAGUUUUACAUUACCAAGUCGGCCUCCAACUUUGGCAUGGCGUCGACCCGGCCGAUCUACGAGCGCGCCAUCGCGACGCUGCCCGACGCCGAGGCCAGCGACAUGUGUCUGCGCUUUGCCGACAUGGAGAAGCGGCUGGGCGAGAUCGACCGGGCUCGCGCCAUCUACGGCCACGCCUCGCAGUUCUGCGACCCGCGCACCCGUCCGACCUUUUGGGCCAAGUGGCACGCCUUUGAGGUCCAGCACGGCAACGAGGACACCUUCAAGGAGAUGUUACGCAUCAAGCGCAGCGUCCAGGCCCAGUACAACACGGACGUCAACUUUGUCGCCUCCCAGGCCCUCGCCCGCGCCCAGGCUGCUGCCGUUGCUGCCACCGCCGCCACCGCAGACAAUCCCGACGACCCCGGCGCUGAUGCUGUUGCGGCAGACGCUAUGGCCGCCCUCGAGCGCCAGUCUCGCGCGCCUGUCGGCUUCGUGGCUGCCAGCGACGCCCCCAAGAUCGCUGCCACAGCGGCCACCCAGCCUACUCCGCCCGUGGCCAACCCGGAUGCCAUUGACAUUGACGACAUGGAGGAGGAGUAG